AUUGUUUUUAAUCGAUUUUCAAUUACGAAGAGGUAUUAGUCGAAAGUAAUGUACUAAUAACGUAUAUGUAACGUGUGCUGGUCAACGUACUCAUGUGACGUUACUGUUAUGUGUUAAUUAUCAUUAAAUAUACGUCAAAUAAUAACUCGUAUCUGAUUAUAUAACAUCUCUGUGUUUAUUGACCUACUGUCUGCAGUGUUUGUUUGUAUAACUGUAACGUCACAUGGUGAAGUUUAUUAAGUUUAUCAAUAGUUUAGUUUUGUUCAUUCACAAUUUUGUUUUAAUUUAUUUAAUGUGAUGUCUGUUAUGAUCGGUUGAGGGUAUUUAUGAGUUUAAUAUUGUUUAACAAGUUUGUAAAAGCCACAUUGUUGGUAGUUUCCCUUUCAAUGCGUUACCAUAGUACCCACAGUUUCCGCCACACCGCCAGUUCACGUAGUAAAGUUCCUGUUUGUGAUCACAGCCAAUGAGUGUGGACUGUGAAGUCUCCUUCAUACUGUGUAAGAAUCUUAAUUUUCAUUUUUCAAUGAUGACACAUACAUACCAGGAAUAACACACGUAUUUAUUAUGCUAUUUUGAUGGUAGUCAUGGUCAUUUUUGGAAGGGUAAUGGAUUAGCAGCUGGAAGCCAUGAUGAACAGAUCACGACAUGUGUGUUUGUGUGUACAGAAGAAAAGAGCGCUGUGAUGUCUGGAAAUAAAGGUGUGGAGCUGCAGGUUCAGAUGCGACAGAACGCUGAAGAUCUGCAGAACUUCAUGAAGGACCUGGACAGCUGGGAGGAAGAGAUCAAGAGAAAAGAUCAACAACUUUGUGCUGGAAAUAUCGACGAAACACAAGAUAAUCUCCCACCGGUGAGAAACAAGGAUUAUAAAAAGCCAAAGCAGAGGGGGAAACGUCAGACGGUCAGUCAGAAAGAUCCAACAGAAACCCAGCGAAUCAAAUCUUACGAUUAUCAAGCGUGGGACAAAUUUAAUGUGGAAAAGGUUCUGGAGUCUAUGGACACAGAAGAAAGUCCGGUGCAGUCGCAUGAUUCAGACUCGGAGGGGAUUCAUGUGGACAGAGAUCUGGCACUCACUGAGAAAGAUAAGGGUAAUGAGAAGUUUAAAGAUGGUCAGUAUGACGCAGCGAUCGAGUGCUACACCAGAGGAAUGAACGCCGAUCCAUACAACCCCGUCCUGCCUACAAACAGAGCCGCCUGCUUCAUCAGACUCAAGAAGUACGCUGUGGCGGAAUCGGACUGUAAUUUGGCCAUCACUCUGGAUAGUAAAUACAUGAAAGCUUACACCAGGAGAGGAGCUGCCCGCACCGCUCUGAAGGACCAUCAGGGGGCGCUGGACGAUUAUGAGAUGGUUCUCAAACUGGAUCCUGGAAACUUUGAGGCUGAGAAUGAACUGAAGAAACUCAAGCAGCUCUUAGAAUCCAGCGCACAGAUAGUUGAGAAGAGUCAGACAGCUGCGACAGCUGCGCAGACACUUGAUCCAGUGAAACUGCAGCAGCUGCAGGAGGAGCAGAGGAAACAGGAAGCUGUCUUGCUUAAAGAUCGAGGUAAUGCAUACUUCAAAGAAGGGAAGUAUGAGGCGGCUGUGGAGUGCUACACUAAUGGAAUAGAAGCAGACAACACAAACGCACUUCUGCCUGCAAACAGAGCCAUGGCUUACCUGAAACUCCUCAGGUUCGAUGAGGCUGAACAGGACUGUGGUGCAGCUCUUGCUCUUGAUGACACAUACUCGAAAGCUUUGGCCAGACGAGCAACGGCCAGAGCGGCUCUGGGAAGAAUGAGAGAAGCUAUAGAAGAUUAUGAGCAGCUUCUCAAACUGGAGCCUGGAAACAAACAGGCUGUAACUGAGAUCCAAAAACUUAAAGCGGAGUUGAAGUCGAGCGGUUGUCUGGUUACAGAGGAGAAGAGAAUCAUCCAGCCAAUCAACAAACCUGAACAUCUCAAAUCAACUAAACCCUUGAGGAGGAUUGACAUUCAGGAGGUGGGUGAGUUGUCACUUGUGUCUGAAUCAUCUGCUGUCUCAUCACCUCAUCACAAGAUCCAGAAGAUCUCAGACGCUCUCCAUGAGUCCAGAGAUACUGAAUGUGAGAAUGACAGAAGUACAGAUAACGGGAAUCCAUCAGAUGAAUGUGAAUGUGUUCCUCCACCGCCCGCAAACAGUUUCCAACUGGAGGCCGACCUGAGGAAGAUCAGCGCUAACCCACAAUCCACCUACAGAUAUUUAAAGCAAAUCAGCCCAGACAUUUAUCCUAAGAUCUUCCAGACCUCUCUGGAGCCUGACAUUCUCAAUCAAAUCCUCAAGACAUUUCACACCUUUUACAUUCAACAUGAAGAACCGUCUGUUCUGCUGGACGCACUGAGAAACCUGACACGUGUCAAGAGAUUUAAUAUGUCUGUCAUGUUCAUGUCAUCUGAAGAGAAGAGAGUGGUACAGGAGCUGUUUGACUGGAUUCACAGCUCCGGUCUGGAAGAUGAUUUCGUUAAAGACUUGAAGAAGAAAUAUGGCCUCUGACCUUUGACCUCUGCUCACAGGGAAGACUGAUGUUUAAUUUCUCUGUACCUGAGGACAUUUAACCUGUCAGAUUGACAGUUUAUGAACCGAAGAACAUUCUAGGGCAUGAACUUUUCUGCAGAACCAAACCCAGCAGUCACGCGUCACUGUCCUGUCUGAGAUAACAAAUGAUUGAAUGUGAUCGGCUGAUCAUUAAAUGUGCUUUGAUUCCUCAUCA